AUGUCGUCUUCCACUAACGCUGGGUUCUUCUUUUCCUUUGGUGACGAUAAUCACGCCGAGGCCAGCCCACCAUCGCCACCAAAGCCACAUGCAGAAGUCGAAGAUAUAAUCCCACUCGCUCGCUUCCCAUGGUACACGCUUAAAGAAAACGUACUGCAAUCGUGGCUCUCCUGUUACCCCUUGACAUCCCCACCACUCGAUCAGCAUCCAAGAAAAGGGACCGCCCCGUGGCGUGCGUGCGCAACGAAAAGGCAAGCGGGAGAUCCUCCCAAAGGCGAGCCGGCUGACGCCGCGUUUAGUGGAAAGCCUUCCCCAUUAUCACUAACACUCUCCGCAUCAGGGGACCAAGCGUGCACUCUUUAUUAUCAAACCGCGCUCGAUCUGCGAAGCUUGGUGGAGUAUGCCCCCCUAUCGGGAGGGGAAUCCGAGGGACGAGCUCCGGGCAGCGACAGGGGCGCGAGGACGACCCCUGAGCUCCGGGAUAUCAUCCCCGGGCGGUACUAUGGGGGGCUUAAGGUGUGGUCCUGUGCCCCGGACCUGGCGCGGUAUGUGAUUUCCCUGGAACCCAUCUGGCGGGAUGCGACGCGGGUAUUUGGCCGUGAGGUGUCCUCCCUCGUUUUCGCGGAGGUUGGCUGUGGGCAGGCACUACCGGCCCUGGCGGCGAUCUGCGUGGGUGCACGGACCGUGGUGCUGCAGGACUACAACAAGGAAGUCCUGGAGCUGUGUGUGAAGCCGAACAUUGGGGCGACGAUCGCGGGAAAUGGACGAUCCUGCCCCCUGGUCCGUGAAGAGGGUUCUGUGUCAAAAAAGGAGGUGCGGGUACAGUUGGUUCAUGGGGACUGGGCGAAGUUAGGGUGGUCUGAUCCUUUCGGUGACGAAGAGCGAGCCGAUGGCAUGUGUGUUGCCGGGUGCGACGUCGUGCUUGGCAGCGACGUUACGUUUGACCACGACGCAUGUUGGAAGCUGAGCCAGCUGCUACAGCGCUGGUUACGUCCAGUCACGGGGGUCGCAUUUAUCGCCACAAAGGUGUACUACUUUGGCACUAACGGCGGCUCCCUCGAGUUCGCGCAGUGUGCGUCGAGGUUCGGGCUCACAACCGAGGAAGUAGCCCAUAUGGAUGAAGAAGGUGGAAUGAGACGGGUUAUACUAAAAGUUCACAAGACAGCGUAA